CUUCAAUUAGCACUUCCAUUUAAUUUUGUGUUUUAAUUAAUUAUUAUGUAAUUUAUUAAUUUUACUUUAUAAGUAUUUUUAUUACUUUUAGAGAGCACCUAUAUGCCGCCUUUGGCAAGUUUAAAAUGUUCAUACAUAUUUCUUGGGCAAAUUUGUCAAAUUGAAAUCGAAAAUGGCAAUGUCUGGCACUUAACUGGUCUGCCUGUUAAUUUUAGCCAGCCAAAAAAGCCAGUCGAGAGCACUCUCGCACAAAAUUUACGGGACUCGGGUAAGUUCAAUGUGCGCAUAGCCAGAGUUUUGGGCCAACUAGAAAGUGGCUUGCAUGCGGCACGCACUGCGUCUCUUGCUGCAAGCCACUUUGGGUCCAAUCCAAUCGAAUGGAAUCGCAUCCACUCCACUCCUUUCGAUCCAACUCGUCCCGCCCCAGACACGGACUUGUACUUGUUAUCCUGAUUGUAAAGUAAAAACUAAUGUUAUGAAUCCCGGCCCGGCGAUCGCAGGUGCGCGGCUGCGAAACGCCAACACUUCCUGAUCGGUAUUGAGUUGCAGCGGUUCGGCGCACGCGGCGUAUGCGUAAUAUUGUGAAUAAUUGCAAAAGCGUGUCGUAAACUCGCCGUGCAAAAUAUUCAAAUAUCAUUUAUCUAUGCGGCCUUUUACAAUCUUUUUUUUCAUUUAUUUUUUUCUAUUUGAGAGAGACUCUGGGGAGCUACUUCGCUUACGCAGACAGCGAUGACGGUUGUGCAGAAACAAAAACCGAUGCAGAUGGAGAUACAGAUACAAUUGCAGACUUUCGGCAGACGGAGCAGAGGCCGCAACGAAAGUGGCCCCGGCCGAAACCUGUAUUUAACUUUUAAGUAGGUUGUUGCGGCCAAUUUUUCUGCAUUUUUCCCAACUGACUCUGGUCAGCCAGGUUCAAUAGCCAGGCCAAAGUCAGCGAUAACGACUUGGCCCGAUUGGCAAGGCUCACGUUUUCGCUGCCCGGCGACCCCAAAAAUUAGCUCCACUUCGCAGUGACCCCCAGCACUCGAAGACAAUCGAGCAAUUGAACAAUUUGCAAUCUCUAUCUGGAUCGUGUGACAUUUAAAAUAUGUACAUCUAUCUGCUGGCAUAAGUGCAGCACGGUAAACAAAAACUUGGCCCAAGAAUUUGUUCUUACCAAAUUGCACCAAAUAUUUAUUUAAGUAUCAUUUGGUUGACAUAAUGAUUUCUCCCUGUGCAGACUGAAGUUCAGUUCAGGAGGCAUUGUGUGUUGGCAGCGUUUCAAAGUCACUUUUCGAAAUCAUCUCGAGACAAAAGUUUGCCAUCAAUGGCUGCUGCAGCCCCACGGCAGCUCAGGUGUUUUUAUUUUACUUAAGUAUUUUUUCUCUUUAUUUUUAGUUUUAUUUUUCCUUUGGCAUCUGCAAGUGUUGCAAUGCCAUUUGUUUUGGGUUGCCGCUGUUGUGUUGCCUUGCUAUUUUUGUUUGCGGCUUUUUGUCGUGCGGUUUUGAUUUUUUUCGUUUACUAAUAAAUCGCGCCGGUCUGUCAGGUGACUUCAUGAUGCGUCCGUCUGCAUCACAUGACGCUGAGCCAAAAAGCCUGUCGUCGCCGAUUCGAGGCCAAAAACCAUUUGCUGAUUGCCGUUAACGAGUCGCCGUGACAGCGAGUGAAACGUAAGAAGCCAUCAUCACACCUGAGAACCCAUUUUCCGAGCCAUAUGUUUUUCGCCAAUAGGUCUGUUUUCCAACACCCUCUUCGGAGUAUAAAACGCGGUGGGAUUUACGAAAAACUUAACAUUGAAGUGCCAGCAAACACCAUGAGAUCUUUGGUAAUUAUACUACUGGUAGCAGUAUCCGUUGUGGAUCUCAGGAGGGUGGUGGACAAGUCCAAGUGCCCCAAAGUUUGUGACUCGGACUAUAUGCCGGUGUGUGCUUCCAGAAUCGGAGGUGCUUCUCCCAGCACUUGUACCUUUCCCAAUGAAUGUACCCUUAAAUUGUAUCUUUGCAACAGCAAACUGGAUUGGGAAAUGGAGAGCAAUCAGCCCUGUCAGUGGCCCGUUGGAAGCUGCGAAGAGAUCGCCAAUUUUUUGCGCAAGGAAAAGGAUAUAUUUUUGCGAAAGGGAAAGAAAGUUGUUGCUGAGAACGAAAAAAAAAACCAAAGAAAAUUGAAUAAAUUAUUAAAAGCUUAGGAAUUCCUAUUAAGCUACAAUGAA